UGAUCAGCCAACAAGCUUUCCCAAUCUCGGUGACAUUUGCGCCUGCGCACCGGAAACUUCCUCUUUGACCGGAUAGACAGCAAACAUGUCGACUGAAGCUGAAAUCGCUGAGAAGAAGAAGAGGCGUACCUUCAGGAAGUACACCUACAGGGGUGUCGAUCUUGAUCAGCUUCUUGACAUGUCCAGUGAGAUGUUGAUGGAGCUGUUUACCUGUCGCCCGAGGCGUCGGUUCAGUCGUGGCUUGAAGAGGAAGCCAAUGGCCCUCAUGAAGCGCCUGCGUAAAGCAAAGAAGGAAGCCGGCCCCCUAGAAAAGCCUGAGGUUGUAAAGACCCAUUUGAGAGACAUGAUCAUCCUACCUGAAAUGAUUGGUAGCAUUGUUGGUGUGUACAAUGGAAAGACCUUCAACCAGGUUGAAAUCAAGCCCGAGAUGAUCGGACACUACCUUGGUGAAUUCAGCAUCACGUACAAGCCUGUGAAGCAUGGUAGGCCCGGUAUUGGUGCCACCCAUUCAUCAAGAUUUAUCCCUCUCAAAUAAACUGCUAUUUAUGUACAAAGAAAGAAAAUAAAUUGAAAAAAAAUGUA